AUGUUGGAUGUAGAUCAUCACCCAGUAGUAGCAGCUGCUAGUGCUGGUGCUGGUGCUGCUGCUGAUCCUCGUGUGCCUUCCUGUCAUAACAUCAUCCUGUGGUCUGAUGUUAUGGUUGCUAGUGGGAGCCUAUAUGCAUACACUCUGAUAACCUUCGCUAAGUUCUGGCUUGAACAAGAUAUGAUCGCUGCUUCUGGUGAAGAAACGAAUAAGAAAUUGAAUAAUGAAUUUAUCGAUCAACAUUUCUAUAAUAAUACCUCCGAUAGGGGGUACAACAACAACAACAACAAAAAGAAGAAGAGGAGGAAGAGGAAGAGGUUCGACUAUCACCCUGAGUGCACCAGGCAAUCUCCCAAGUCGGAACUCUUCAUCAUUUAA